UCCAAUUUCGCCCUCCUCGCUGACCUGGCAAUAUUCCACUCCCCAAGUCCUCCUCUCACAUUGGGUACUUUGCGUCGCUGCGAAGAAAACCAUCAUUAGCUUUCACUGAGCUUUGGCCGAUCACUUUGUUCCAUCGCUUCGUUCCACAUGGCUAACAAGCACACUAUUAUUUUGAUGCAAAAUUCUCCGAACAGAUCCACUAGAACAUUUAUGGAUUAUGAAUCAAUAAGUCAAGCUAUGGAUGGUAUAUGUGGACUAUAUGAAAGGAAGCUUAAGGAGUUGAAUCCAGCCAUCAGAAACAUCACUUAUGACAUUGCAGAUCUCUAUAAUUUUAUUGAUGGCCUUGCAGAUUUGAGUGCCUUGGUUUAUGAUCACUCAAUCCAUGCUUAUUUGCCAUACGACCGGGAGUGGAUUAAACAGCGCACCUUUCAACAUCUAAAGAAAUUGGCACACUAAAUUUAAUAUGGUGCUGCGGCUUAUGUAUCUAGUUACCACCAGAUUGUAGACUUGGGUUGUGUAUUACUGGAAUGGGUUUGAUGUCUAGAAUUUUGAGUUGCAUCUGAUGUCAAGGUGUUUAAUAUGGAAGUUGGAUCCUCUCUCUUUGUGAGCAUGUAUUUUUGAACAAACACAGCUUUAUGCUCAAGUUUCGGAUAAAAAGCAAAUGCUUUUGUUUGGAAA